UCCUCAUCAGUUUACUAGAAAUUGUUAACAUGAAGGCUUUCAUCGUUCUGCUUGCUCUGGCUUUUGCCGCCCCCGCUUUCGGUCGCACCCUGAACCGUUGCUCCCUGGCCCGCGAGAUGGCCAACUUGGGCGUUCCCCGUGACCAGCUGAACAAGUGGGCUUGCAUUGCCGAGCACGAGAGCUCCUACCGCACCGGCGUUGUUGGCCCCGAGAACUACAACGGCUCCAACGACUACGGCAUCUUCCAGAUCAACAACUAUUACUGGUGCCAGCCUGCCAACGGUCGCUUCUCCUACAACGAGUGCGCCCUCAGCUGCAACGCCCUGUUGACCGAUGACAUCACCAACUCCGUCCGUUGCGCCCAGAAGAUCCAGCGCCAGCAGGGCUGGACUGCCUGGUCCACCUGGAAGUACUGCAACGGUGCUCUGCCUUCCAUCAACGAUUGCUUCUAAACUGAUCACUUGUUGGAUAAAAGAAAUUAAAAGUUCAAUAAAACUGCAUUUAAAUAAAA